UUGUCUCAGUGGAAAUAGUCUGAGUGGUUGUGUCCAGGUAUACGCCAUCAUGUUGAAGUUUAUCCUUGCUCUCACAUUGGCACUAUGUUCAGCUGGGCCAACCAGCAAUAUCGUAAGACCCUGCAGACUCACCGAUCUGAAAUGCAUCCGAGACAAUAUAUCAGCGAACUCCAAAUGCAACACCAACGUCCGAGGUUCGAUUCCGUCGCAGUACACCAUUCCCAGAUUCACCUUCGAAACGCCAUUCUUCAACUCUUCGUACAUUGAUAAUGAUUUGAUCAUCAGAAAUAGUGAUGCGUGCAGGGUGUCUGAAUUUUUUUUUAACGUAAAAACAGAUACAUCUGUACUGGCAGUUGAUUGUCCUAAUCUGGACUUUGAGUCCGACCGCACCCUCAUCCAGCAUACCUCGCUGCAGGAGGACUCCAGGUACAGCUACCACAUUCGAGGAAUCUACCCCUUGAUCCGUUUAACAACGAAUCUUCUUCACGCUGAUCAUCUCAACCUGUGCACAGCAUCCACUUUUGCUGACGUCACUGCGCUGCCGAUAUUCAAAGUUGAUCCUAAAGACAAACCAACCGCAAACUUCCUAACUCGCGACCUAUCGGCUCUCAACAUCUACGAGAGAGAAACUUUCGCCUACCGCGCCCCACAACUGAUUCGACAAUUCGUCAACUCUCUAAUUUGUGAUUUUGGUUGUCAAUAAAUAUCUUCCUUUAUAUUUUAACAUUAUUAUAAUUGUAUUUUUAUGUAAUUACCCAACUAAGACCGGGAUGAACCCAUUUCUAAUAUAAUUCACUUUAGUAUCCAAAACACAACCGGCACGCUCUGCGCUCGUCGACUGAAUGCCGCGGCU